UCAGCCUACGCUUCCUCUGUCUGUCCAUCGCGUCACUGUUCUUCAGCGAUGGGGCGCAAUAACAAUCGGAACUGGUAGAGUGAUAUAACGAAAGUCCAGCAUCUGGCUAUCACUCGUCGUGUUGGCUGCGUGUGUCAAAUCGCGAAUUGCUCCUGCGAUGAUGCGCCAUACUUCCUGGGCGCGGGGCCGCCGUGAACGUUCCCAUCGCGUCCAACUUUAUGCCUCGCCAGAUAAGAUUAGAUCUCACCAUCCACCACAUGUCAACCACCUGCUUGUUCAUUACAAGACUCUUACUCAGCAUUCGUAUCAAAGAUAUUCGCCUUGCCGGGCAUUUGAAUGACAAUCGGCGCGCCACAUAUUUGGUACCUGGCCGCCUCCUCUCCCGUCAAAUGACCACACUCUGUAGAGCCCUCGAAGCGACGCUGUCCUCCAAAGCUACCGAUCUGGUCCACAUCAGGGCUGUCGAUAGGCACAGUGUUCUCUUUGGAUCGGUACUAGUAGAUACAGAGGUGGAUAGCAUAUCUACGGAUUGGAAGCCUCAUGAUAUCGAAUGUCGUGUCGCAAGGAUAAUAAAAAGCCACACCCAUCCAGAACGCCAUGCUAGAGUUUCUACCUGGGGCACCAUGUUUUUGCCUGAAAACGCCCGCUUCCCAUAUGUCAUGCCAUGCUUCGUUCAAGCCAGGUAACCUAGCUCGUCGCCUUCCAAACGCUCGAGGUACUCCUUCUCCAGGAGAAUGUCGAUGCACUUCUUGAUGUCCGGCACCUUAGGCACGAAUCUGU